UCUGUCAAGUGCUGUCAAAAGUUGAAUACACAGAAUAUAAAAAAAAUUCGUUAAAUGCAAUAACAAAAUAAUUAUUUAAUACGAUGGCGAUGUACAAAGGUUUUCGGGUCCUGGAAAAAUCGCAGCCUCCAAAUCCUCACAGCGUUUUAUUAGAAUACAGGGGAAAAGAGAAUACUUUACUUUUUGAGAGUCAAGCGGUUGCCGUUUUAUCUGUUCAAGAAACCGAAGCCGUACGAAAGCAAUACACCAAGAUAUUAGAUGCUUAUGGUUGUUUAGGGGUAUUACAGUUAAAUGCAGGAGAAAAUACUGUACUUUAUCUUGUUAUGAUCACCGGCUGUUUUUCUGUUGGAAAAGUUGGUGACUCUGAAAUAUUUAGGAUUACACAAACUCAAUUUAUUCCUUUACAUUAUCAACAAAACGAAGACAGAAUCAUAGAGGUCAGGAAAUUAUUAAACUCUGGAACAUUCUAUUUUUCAUGGAAUGUAGGUGGAACACCUUUAGAUCUUACAUUAUGUGCUCAAAGGAGACAGAAAACAACACAAACAGAUCAUCGUUUCUUUUGGAAUAGAAUGUUGUUUGUUCAUCUUGUUCGAUUUGGGGUUGAUUGUAAAUCAUGGUUAGUAAAAGCAAUGUGCGGUUCAGUUGAGAUAAGAACGGUUUACAUCGGUCAUCGGAAAGCUUUAGCUGCCGUAAUGUCUAGGUUAAGUUGUGAAAGAGCCGGGACAAGGUUUAACGUACGGGGUACUAACGAUGAAGGGCACGUCGCGAAUUUCGUCGAAACGGAACAAGUUAUAUUUUUAGACAACGAAGUUUCGUCGUAUUUACAAACUAGAGGUUCUGUCCCGUUGUUUUGGGAACAACCGGGUGUACAAGUCGGAUCUCAUAAAGUAAAAUUAUCAAGGGGUUAUGAGGCAUCAAAAUCGGCCUUUGAUAGGCAUUUAACGUUAAUUAAAGAACGUUAUGGAAAACAGGCGAUAAUUAAUUUAUUAGGUACUAGUUUAAUUGGUAGUAAAGAAGGGGAAGCAACUUUGAGUCAAGAAUUUCAAAGGCAUCAUUUUGAGUCUGAUCACACUGACGUUCCACAUGUUGUUUUUGAUUACCAUCAGGAAUGUCGAGGCGGAAAUCAAACAAAUUUAGUCAAAUUAAAAGCGAAGAUUGACCCGCAAUUAACCGAAUUCGGGUUUUAUCAUGCUGAAAACAAUACAGUUUUUCAUUCUCAAAUCGGUACUUUAAGAACAAAUUGUUUGGAUUGUCUUGAUAGAACGAAUUGUGUACAAACUUUUAUUGGGUUGGAGAUUUUGGGUAAACAAUUACAAGUAAUGCAGCUGGUGGAUAAAAAGCAAAUUAUUUCUCGUUUCGAGGAAGUAUUUAAACAAAUGUGGAUCAAUAAUGGAAAUGAGAUAAGUAAAAUAUAUGCAGGAACUGGAGCUAUACAGGGUGGAUCAAAAUUAAUGGAUGGGGCGAGAUCCGCAGCGCGAACUAUACAAAAUAAUUUAUUGGAUAAUUCUAAACAAGAAGCAAUUGAUGUUUUAUUAGUUGGAUCUACACUUAGUACUGAAUUAGCUGAUAGAGCAAGGACUUUACUUCCAUAUAAUACAUUACACGCUCCACCACAUGUUUUACGCGAGAUGUGUAACCGUUACAUAGAAUAUACAACUCCGAUGCAAAUUCGUGUCGCUGUAGGAACAUAUAACGUUAAUGGGGGAAAACAUUUCCGUAGUUUAGUGUUUCGGGAUUUGUCGCUAUCCGAUUGGUUGUUAGAUAACAAUCAAUUAAACAACUUGGUUGAUGUUUCGCACAAUAGCGACGACGCAAAUCUUCCCGUUGAUAUCUACGCGAUCGGUUUUGAAGAAAUCGUGGAUCUCAACGCUGCGAAUAUCGUCGCUGCUAGCUCGGAAAAUGCGAAAUCGUGGAUGGAGGAGUUGCAGAAAGUUUUAUCGAGGGAUCGACCGUACGUUUUGGUUUCAUAUCAACAGUUAGUUGGGGUUUGUUUGUAUUUAUUUGUACGACCUGAACAUGCACCUUAUAUCCGUGAUGUAGCUGUUGAUUCUGUUAAAACUGGUUUAGGUGGACAUACAGGUAAUAAAGGUGCUGCUGCGAUCCGCAUGGUAUUUCAUGCAACAUCGCUGUGUUUUGUUUGUGCUCAUUUCGCCGCUGGCCAAUCGCAAGUGAAUGAAAGAAAUGAAGAUUACGCCGAAAUAACACGAAAAGUGACAUUUCCAAUGGGUAGAACGUUAAAUUCACACGAAUACCUCUUCUGGUGUGGUGAUUUUAAUUAUAGAGUGGAUUUGGAUAAAGAUGAGAUGAAAGAUUUGUUAAAACAAGGCGAUGUAGAAAGUGUGCUUCAAUUUGAUCAGUUGAAAAAGCAACAAGAAUGCGGGAAAGUGUUUAAAAAUUUUAUAGAGGGUGAAAUAACGUUUCCGCCUACUUACAAAUAUGAUUUAUUUAGUGACGAUUAUGAUACCAGUGAAAAAUGUCGAGCGCCAGCUUGGACGGAUCGUGUACUUUGGAAACGACGCCCUCUAUAUCCCGAUAAUUCCCCUGAUGAUGACCAUAAUUCUGGUAAAUUAGUACAUUACGGCCGAGCGGAAUUGAAACAAAGCGAUCAUCGACCAGUUAUAGCCAUAGUAGAUAUUGAUAUAAGAAAAGUUGAUAUUGAACGUAGGCAAAAUGUAUUUUAUCAAGUAAUCGCCGAUUUAGGACCACCAGAUGGUACAAUAAUAGUCCAAUGUGAAGACAAAAAUGUCAACGAAGACACCACAAUUUUCGACGACAAUCUCACCCACACGUUACUUCAAGAAUUAUCUCAAAUCGGUGACGUCAUCUUAGUUAGAUUCGUUGUGGACACGAUGUGGGUUACUUUCCGAGAUGGACAAUGCGCGCUUACCGCAGCUGCAAAGAAAUUUGUGCGCGUUUUAGAUUGUGAUCUUACUUUAUCGUUGAAAACGCCGAAUUGGGUCGAACAGGCCAAAGAAGAAAUUGGAUUAUGUUCGAGCAACACCGUUCCUUUACACAUAUCAACCCCCGAAUAUAAUUGUCUUGGUAUACCCGAAGUUAAAUCAAGUGGUGGGAGAACUGGACCACCUUCAAGACCUCCACCACCUAGUGUUAAAUCACCAGCUGCACCAAAAAAACUUUUACCAAGGGCUGGAGUAAUAAGUAUUCCAAAUGCAACAAAACCAGUAACGAUACCAGAUUUUCCCGCUCCAAUAUUAACACAAGAAGAGACGGGAAUUUAUGAAGAGAUAAGUGAUGAUGUGGUAAGUUGUCCGGAGCCGCAGGGACCGCCUCCGCCGCCCCCAAGACCGGAACCGACCCUACCUCCAUUGCCACAACGAGGUCCACCUCCGGUACCGGCCCGAUCAGCUCCGCCUCCUCCGUUACCGGCUCGACCUCGUUAAAAAAUUUAAAAAAAAAGAUGAUAGCCAAUUAGUAUUAUUAUUAUAAUAAUUAUUUUAUGUUGAGGUAAGUAUGCUUUUUGCGGCCAUUAAAAGAAAUGACCAAUAAAAGUUUACUUAUACAAAAAAAAUCAUGUACAGGUGUUUUAAAAGAUUAAGUUAAAUUUAAAUGUUACAUUUUUAAACUUUCAAAACACAUUGUAUAUUAUUUUGAGAUGCAUUCCUUUCAUUUUCCUAUCGUUUACUCUUGCCUAGUCAAUGCUGAAUAAAGUUCAUAUCACGAAAUAGGUGCGAUGUAAUAUCCUUACUUAUGUGAAAACGAACUGUAACUGUGUAUUUUAUUAUUAUUAGUUAUAAAAGUGGCAACGUUUUUCUGUAUGCGCAUUGUCAAAAACAACCGUAGGAUUCAUAACGAAAUAACGAUAAUGAAUUAAAAAUUUAAAGUUAUAAAACGCUGUUAAUGGAUAGACGUUAGAGUUAUUUUUUAAAAAUAUCUCAGAGUAAUCAGAUAAAAUAUUGUUGGCUGUUUAUGAAAUAUAACUUGCUUGGUUAUGAAAAUCUCAAAA